AUGCGUGACCAGCGCGGGGCGUGGCUCCCUUUUCCUGAUACCCAGCCCUGCCCUGCCCCAGUCGUUCCUCGGGCCCUGUCCCUGGCCACAGAGCAGAGAUCAGUGCCUGCCCCUGCGCUGCCCCUCGGGAGCAAGCUGCAGCCCGCAGUGAGUUCCUCCGUCAGUCUCCUCCAGGCUGAACGGGCCAAGUGCCCUCGGCCGCCUCUGCUGUGGCUGAGGGACGGCGCCGGGCCGACGGGCGCUGCCACCGCCCGGGAGCGCGGCGGGGACGGGCCGUGCACCGGGCAGCCCUCGGCUGGAGGACUGAUCCGAGAGCUCGAAUCCUGGGUCGCGCCCCGCGGAAUACGGGAUGGAAGGAAGUCAAAUCCACUCGCUGAGUUGUGCGUGCAGGGCUGGAGUGCCGUGCCGAGGGGCCCAAAGAGGUGUAAAAUGAGUGUCAAAAGCACGAGGGGAACCUCCUGCAUGAGGGAAAGGAGCACAGGUAAUGUCAGCACUAACAUAGCGGUAGCCGAAGUACCGAGGCAAACCUCAGAAUCGCCACAUAAUUUGCAGCUACAAUUUCACCUGUAUAAAUACAGCAUCCAAAAUACAGACCUUUAUCACAGUAAUAUCAUGGAAAGGCAGAUAAACCCAAUUUCUUUUAUCUCUUUCACGUGCCAAAUUGUAAUGGUACUAGGUUUAGAACUAGAAUUAAAGUUUUGGCUAAGGUUUAAAACUUUCCACUAGCACAUAAUAUACAGACAGCUACUGACUUGAUCACAGCUGAUCUAUUGACCAAUAGACACAACGAUAGCAACAAAGUUUGUUUUAUUUUAGGAUACUAAAUGAACUUGGAGUGACUGUGUCUGAAAUGCAGAAGUGUGGAAGGAAUUAAAAAGGGAUAUAAGGGUGCAAAAAAUGCAUGGAGGAAAACAUGAGAAAGAAGAAUACCACUGAAGAAAAAGCAAGCAGCACCAACCAGCAAAUAAAAAAAAAUAACAGGGAGAAAAGCACAAUUAUGAAGAUAUAUUAAUUAGAAAAUUGAAAAUAUAUUCAUAAAGAACUAGUAUCAUGCACAGCAGAUGGCCUGAGGGCUGUAUACAUUAUCAUAUAAAAGUUACAAAUGUAAAGGUAGAGCUCGCUUAACUAUAAAGAAAUCACAUUUUAAUAAAAAUUGUCAUAUUAAAUACUUUCAAUUCUUUUUGAAAUGUGCUUCAGUUGCUGAUAAACUGAAAAAUGUAUUCAAAAUGAAAAAAUAUCAUCUGCAGGACUCUAAUGCCGAACUCAGGUCACAGUGGUCAGAAAGUUGUGUAAUUUCCCAUCUCUUACACGGGGUGGCACAAGAUAGCUGGAAAUCCAUCAUGUGCUCAAAUUGAACCGAGAAAAUAAGCAAACAAAAGGUCACAGCCAAUGACUGGGGAAUGUUGAAUAAUUAUAUUUUUAAGCAUCAGAUAAUUGCAAAUAUAAGCAGUUUCUGACAUGAAAGCAUUA